GCGGCGGGCGGGGGGCGCGCUGGCAUCUGGGCGGCGUUGGGUUUUUAUUUUAUUUUUUAAAAUUGAGGCCGUGGAGGAGGGAGUUGGAGCCAGAUCCACUCCUUGUGAGUUCGUCUCGAUUUCUGCCCACGCUCGCACAAUUCUUUUCUGGUGACAGAGGGAUGGUUCUGUGCGCCUGGAGGCUCCCGCCCGGGUCUCUCCAGCCCGAAACUGGGAGGCGCAGAGGCUGAGCCACCCCGCCGCCCGGAAUCCGCCGGCGCCGCUCGGGGAGGCCCGCGGGCAGCUCCGGGAGCCCGGGCCGAGGGUCGCUCAGCAGGCGGCGUGGGCGAGGGCCUGGCCCGGCUGCAGAGGUACUUCGGCUUCAGAGGGGAUUCCUCGAAGAACACUCCCCCGCCGCCCCUGAGCAGCGCCUCGGGAGCCAGGCGACAGCCGAGCACGUCCCUCUCGCCCCCUUCCUCGCCGCGCCGCCCUCCAGGACCCUCCCAAAGUGCCUCGGCGCAGGGCUCCGGACCGGCCCACCCGCUGCAGAAGCCGCUGCCGCCGGAUUGCGGAGACCACACUUCAUGGGCCGGCCGAGGAGGGCCGGGCCUCUGGGGCGGGGGCUACCUAGAGCCGUUUGAGGCUCGGCCAAGAGCCCGGAGCGCGCCCUCGGUGCGGACAGCGCGGCGGCCCCGCCAGGGCGAUGACCGAGCGGCCUCGAGCCGCCGGCAGCAGGAGGCCCUAGGCGGGCAUGGGCCUGGCAUCCCCGUUCUAGAGACCCUCGAGCCUCGCCCCUCUGCUCGGAGUCGCCCGACUGUCGCCAUGGCCUCGGAAGUGGUGUGCGGGCUCAUCUUCAGGCUGCUGCUCCCCAUCUGCCUGGCAGUAGCAUGUGCAUUCCGGUACAAUGGACUCUCCUUCGUCUACCUCAUCUACCUCUUGCUCAUCCCUCUGUUUUCAGAACCAACAAGAGCGACAAUGCAAGGACACACGGGACGGUUGUUAAAGUCUCUGUGCUUCACCAGUCUUUCCUUCCUGAUACUGCACAUCAUUUUUCACAUCACGUUGGCUAGCCUCGAAGCUCAACACCAUAUUACACCUGGUUACAACUGCUCAACGUGGGAAAAGACAUUUCGGCAGAUUGGCUUUGAAAGCUUAAAGGGAGCUGACGCUGGCAAUGGGAUCAGAGUGUUUGUGCCUGAUAUUGGGAUGUUCAUCGCUAGUCUGGCCAUCUGGCUCAUCUGCAGAAACAUCGUUCAGAAACCAGUGACAGAAGAAGCAGCACAGUAUAACCUGGAGUUUGAAAAUGAAGAACUGGCUGGAGGGGAAAAACUAGAUCCAGAAGAGGCACUGAUCUAUGAAGAGGGUUUAGACGAAGGAGAUGGUGUUGAAGGCGAGACGGAAGAAAGCACAAAACUGAAAAUCUUCCGCAGGUUUGCCUUUGUGGCUUCCAAGCUUAAGGAGUUUAUUGGCAACAUGAUAACCACCGCUGGAAAAGUAGUUGUGACGAUUUUACUGGGUUCAUCAGGUAUGAUGCUGCCAUCUUUGACCUCAUCUGUCUACUUUUUUGUAUUUUUGGGUCUGUGCACCUGGUGGUCCUGGUGCCGGACAUUUGAUCCAUUGCUGUUCAGCUGUCUCUGUGUUCUCUUGGCUAUUUUCACCGCGGGACACUUGAUUGGACUUUAUUUAUACCAGUUCCAGUUCUUUCAAGAAGCAGUUCCACCCAAUGACUACUAUGCAAGGUUGUUUGGUAUCAAAUCAGUGAUUCAAACAGACUGUUCCAGCACGUGGAAGAUCGUGGCAAACCCAAACCUAUCAUGGUACCACCACGCCAACCCCAUCCUGCUGCUGGUGAUGUACUACACGCUGGCCACUCUGAUCCGCCUCUGGCUGCAGGAGCCGCUUGUGCAGGAUGACAGGACCAAGGAGGAGAGAGGCCUGGCUUGUAGUCCCAUCCAAAUGACAGCUAAGAGGAGGCGGAGCCUGUGGUAUGCAACCCAUUACCCAACUGAUGAGAGAAAACUUUUAUCCAUGACCCAAGAUGACUACAAACCAUCUGAUGGCCUGCUGGUGACCGUGAAUGGCAACCCUGUGGAUUACCACACCAUCCACCCCAGUCUUCCCAUCGAGAAUGGCCCUGCCAAAGCCGAGCUGUACUCCACGCCGCAGUACCGGUGGGAGCCCUCGGAUGACUCUGCAGAAAAGAAAGAGGAAGACGAGGAUGAGAAAGAAGAAUUUGAAGAGGAAAGGAGCCAUGAAGAAAAAACAAGCGUGAAAGUUCACGCCAUGGUCUCUGUGUUCCAGUUUAUUAUGAAACAAAGUUACAUCUGUGCCCUCAUUGCCAUGAUGGCUUGGAGCAUCACCUACCAUAGCUGGCUGACUUUCGUGCUGCUGAUUUGGUCAUGCACUCUCUGGAUGAUCCGCAACAGAAGAAAAUAUGCCAUGAUCAGUUCUCCUUUUAUGGUUGUCUAUGCAAAUCUAUUGCUGGUAUUACAGUACAUAUGGAGUUUUGAACUUCCAGAAAUUAAAAAGGUCCCAGGAUUUUUAGAAAAGAAAGAGCCAGGAGAACUUGCCUCAAAGAUACUUUUCACCAUUACUUUUUGGCUACUGCUGAGGCAACACCUCACCGAGCAAAAAGCUCUUCAAGAAAAGGAAGCUCUUUUAUCUGAGGUCAAAAUUGAAACUCAGGAAAUUGAAGAAAAAGAUGACGAACAAGAUACACAAGUGGAAGGAGAGGCUGAAGAGAAGGGGGAAGAAGAGGAAGAAAUGGAAGAGAAGCAAGAGAGUAAGAAAGAAGAGGAGGAGGAGGUGGAAGAAGAUGACGACCAGGACAUCAUGAAGGUCCUUGGCAAUUUGGUGGAGGCCAUGUUCAUUAAGUACUGGAUCUACGUCUGUGGAGGAAUGUUCUUCUUUGUCAGCUUCGAGGGUAAAAUUGUGAUGUACAAAAUCAUCUACAUGGUGCUGUUUCUGUUCUGUGUGGCCUUGUAUCAGGUGCACUAUGAAUGGUGGAGAAGAAUUCUAAAAUAUUUUUGGAUGUCUGUGGUUAUUUACACUAUGCUGGUGCUUAUCUUUAUAUACACAUAUCAGUUUGAAAACUUCCCAGGCCUGUGGCAAAAUAUGACUGGAUUGAAAAAAGAAAAGCUUGAGGAUCUCGGCUUAAAGCAGUUCAGCAUGGCUGAACUAUUCACUCGCAUAUUCAUCCCAACCUCCUUUCUGCUGGUGUGCAUUUUACACCUUCACUAUUUCCAUGACCGGUUCCUGGAACUCACAGACCUAAAUUCCAUUCCCAGCAAGGAAGACAGCCCCAUCUACAGGCUGGCCCACCCUGAAGGAAGCCUGCCAGACCUCGCCAUGCUGAACCUGACCGCCAGCCCGGAGAAGCUGGAGGGGAAGCAGGGGGCUGAGUUUGGUGAGGAGAAACCAGAGGGAUGCUCUGAAAAAGUGGAGAAGGGUGAACUUGGGAAAGACGGCGAGGAGGAGGAGGAGGAAGAAGAAGAUGAAGAGGAGGAAGAGACAUCAGAUUUAAGGAACAAAUGGCAUCUGGUGAUUGACCGCCUCACAGUGCUCUUCCUCAAGUUCCUGGAGUACUUUCACAAGCUGCAGGUGUUCAUGUGGUGGAUUUUGGAGUUGCACAUCAUCAAAAUUGUUUCAUCGUACAUUAUCUGGGUCUCUGUGAAAGAGGUGUCUGUGUUCAACUAUGUAUUUUUGAUUUCUUGGGCUUUUGCUCUGCCAUACACCAAGCUACGCCGUCUGGCUUCAAGUGUCUGCACUGUCUGGACAUGUGUGAUCAUCGUCUGCAAAAUGUUGUACCAGCUGCAAACCAUUAAGCCUGAGACUUUUUCUGUUAACUGUUCCUUGCCAAAUGAGAAUGAAACAGACAUACCCCUCAACGAGUUGAACAAGUCUCUACUCUACAGCGCUCCUGUGGAUCCAACGGAGUGGGUGGGCCUGAGGAAGUCUUCGCCGCUGCUCGUCUACCUGAGGAAUAAUCUGCUGAUGCUGGCCAUUCUGGCCUUUGAGGUCACAGUGUACCGCCAUCAGGAGUACUACCGGGGGCGAAACAACCUCACGGCCCCUGUAUCUAAAACCAUCUUUCAUGACAUUACAAGACACCAUCUGGAUGAUGGAAUUAUUAAUUGUGCCAAAUAUUUCAUAAAUUACUUCUUCUACAAGUUUGGUCUGGAGACCUGUUUCCUACUGUCAGUCAAUGUAAUCGGUCAGCGAAUGGAUUUCUAUGCCAUGAUUCACGCCUGCUGGCUGAUUGCCGUCUUAUAUCGACGCAGAAGAAAAGCCAUCGCGGAGAUCUGGCCCAAGUACUGCUGCUUCCUGGCCUGCAUCAUCACGUUCCAGUAUUUCAUCUGCAUCGGCAUCCCCCCUGCGCCCUGCAGAGAUUACCCAUGGAGAUUCAAGGGUGCCAACUUCAAUGACAACAUCAUAAAGUGGCUGUACUUCCCAGACUUCAUUGUGCGGCCCAACCCCGUGUUUCUCGUCUAUGACUUCAUGCUGCUUCUGUGUGCCUCCUUACAAUGGCAGAUUUUUGAGGAUGAAAAUAAGGCUGCAGUGCGAAUCAUGGCAGGGGACAAUGUGGAGAUUUGCAUGAGCCUUGAUGCAGCCUCCUUCAGCCAAUAUAACCCAGUCCCAGAUUUCAUUCACUGCAGAUCAUACUUAGACAUGUCCAAAGUGAUCAUCUUUAGCUACCUCUUCUGGUUCGUCCUCACAAUCAUCUUCAUCACUGGGACAACAAGGAUCAGCAUCUUCUGCAUGGGUUACUUGGUGGCCUGCUUCUAUUUCCUGCUCUUUGGGGGUGAUUUGCUAUUGAAACCCAUCAAGAGCAUCCUGCGUUACUGGGACUGGCUGAUUGCUUACAACGUCUUUGUGAUUACAAUGAAAAACAUACUGUCAAUAGGAGCAUGUGGAUACAUCGAAAAAUUGGUUAAAAAUAGUUGCUGGUUGAUCCAAGCUUUCAGCCUGGCCUGCACAGUCAAAGGCUAUAAAAUGCCUGAUGCUGAUUCCUCGUGUAAACUACCCAGUGGUGAAGCAGGAAUCAUUUGGGACAGUAUAUGUUUUGCCUUCCUCCUGCUGCAGAGAAGAGUUUUUAUGAGUUACUAUUUCCUACACGUUGUGGCGGAUAUAAAAGCUUCACAGAUCCUGGCAUCGAGAGGGGCUGAACUUUUCCAGGCCACAAUUGUAAAGGCUGUGAAAGCAAGAAUUGAGGAAGAGAAAAAGUCAAUGGAUCAGCUGAAGAGGCAGAUGGAUCGCAUUAAGGCCAGGCAACAGAAAUACAAAAAGGGUAAGGAGAGGAUGCUGAGCUUGACCCAGGAGUCAGGGGAAGGCCAAGACAUCCAAAAACUCUCUGAAGAGGAUGAUGAAAGAGAAGCAGACAAACAGAAAGCCAAGGGCAAAAAAAAGCAGUGGUGGCGGCCUUGGGUUGAUCAUGCUUCCAUGGUCAGGAGUGGAGACUAUUAUUUGUUUGAAACGGAUAGUGAAGAGGAGGAAGAGGAAGAAUUAAAAAAGGAAGACGAAGAACCUCCAAGAAAGUCAGCUUUCCAGUUUGUUUAUCAAGCCUGGAUUACUGACCCUAAAACAGCACUCCGACAGAGGCGCAAAGAGAAAAAAAUGUCUGCAAGAGAAGAACAGAAAAGACAGAGAAAAGGAUCUGGGGAGGGUCCUGUGGAGUGGGAAGACCAAGAAGAUGAACCAGUCAAAAAGAAAUCGGAUGGACCAGAUAAUAUCAUCAAGAGGAUAUUUAAUAUUCUGAAAUUUACCUGGGUGCUCUUUUUGGCAACCGUGGAUAGUUUCACAACUUGGCUUAACUCCAUUUCAAGGGAGCAUAUUGAUAUAUCUACAGUUUUGAGAAUUGAAAGAUGCAUGCUGACCAGAGAAAUUAAAAAGGGCAACGUUCCCACUCGGGAAAGCAUCCACAUGUACUAUCAGAACCACAUCAUGAACCUUUCCAGAGAGUCUGGACUGGACACAAUUGACGAUCGUCCUGGUGCCGCUUCAGGUGCACAGACAGCCCACAGGAUGGAUAGCUUAGAUUCACAUGACAGUAUCUCCAGCUGCUACACUGAAGCAACCAUGCUGUUCUCAAGGCAGUCUACCCUUGAUGAUUUAGAUGGACCAGAAACUGUUCCUAAAACAAGUGAGCGUGCUCGACCUAGGCUCCGUAAAAUGCUCAGCUUGGAUAUGUCCUCCUCAUCAGCUGACAGUGGCAGUUUAGCAUCAAGCGAGCCCACGCAGUGCACCAUGCUGUACUCGCGCCAGGGGACCACCGAAACCAUCGAGGAGGUGGAGGCCGAGCAGGACGAGGUGGAGGCCAGCCCGGAUGUGGAGGCCCAGGAGGACGAGGACAUGGGGGUCCAGGACAGCGACGAUGAGGAGGGCAGUGAGUCCGAGGUGGACAUGGGGCCAGAUGGGCUUGAGGGGUCCGAGGAGGAGGCGGACGAGGAGGCGGACGAGGAGGCGGAGGAGGAAGAGGCAGAGGAGGCCCAGGACUCCGAGGAGGCCGAGGAGGCCGGCCUCACCCCGGACACUGAGUUGCCGCAGUCCUUCGCCGAGGACGGAGACAUGGAGGUCCCGCCGUCCUACAGCAAGGCGGUCAGCUUCGAGCGCCUGUCCUUCGGCUCGCAGGACGACUCCGCGGGGCCGAGCCGCAUGGCCGUCAGCCCCGACGACAGCCGCUCCUUGGACAGGCUGGGGCCCAGCAUCUUACCGUCCCUGACGCACGAGCUGACGGCCAGCGAGCUGCUGCUGAACAAGAUGUUCCACGAUGAUGAGCUUGAAGAGUCGGAGAAAUUCUACGUGGACCAGCCGCGGUUCCUGCUGCUGUUCUACGCCAUGUACAACACCCUGGUGGCCCGCUCGGAAAUGGUGUGCUACUUUGUGAUCAUCCUGAACCACAUGGUCUCUGCCUCCGUAAUCACCCUCGUGCUCCCCAUUCUGAUCUUCCUCUGGGCCAUGCUGUCUGUCCCGAGGCCCAGCAGACGGUUCUGGAUGAUGGCCAUUGUCUACACAGAGGUGACAAUUGUGAUCAAGUAUUUCUUCCAAUUUGGGUUCUUUCCCUGGAAUCAGCUGGUGGAAUUGAACAAGGACAAACCUUUAUACCCAACUAAUAUUAUAGGUGUGGAAAAGAAAGAUGGUUAUGUUCUUUAUGAUCUCAUUCAGCUCCUGACUCUUUUCUUCCAUCGAUCAAUUUUGAAGUGCCACGGCCUAUGGGAUGAAGAUGACAUUACCGACAGUGGGACCGACAAGGAAGAGACAGAUGAUGAGCUGUCCCUCAGUCACGGCAGAAGGGACUCCUCUGAUUCUCUGAAAUCCAUCAACCUGGCUGCGUCUACGGAGUCAGUGCACGUGUCCUUCCCUGAGCAGCUGACGGCUGUCCGCAGGAAACGUUCCAACAGCAGCUCCCAGAUAUCCCCCAGAUCCAGCUUUUCUUCAAAUAGGUCUCAAAGAGGCAGCACAAGCACCCGAAACAGCAGUCAAAAGGGAAGCAGUGUUUUGAGCAUCAAGCAAAGAAGCAAAAGGGAACUUUACCUGGAAAAGCUUCAAGAACAUUUAAUCAGAGCAAAAGCACUUACCAUAAAGAAGACUCUGCAAAUAUAUGUGCCCAUCAAACAGUUCUUCUACAACCUCAUCCACCCAGACUACAGCGCCGUGACCGACGUAUAUGUGCUUAUGUUCCUGGCUGACACUGUUGACUUCAUCAUCAUCGUCUUUGGCUUUUGGGCCUUUGGGAAACACUCAGCAGCGGCAGACAUCACCUCUUCUCUGUCCGAGGACCAGGUGCCCGGGCCGUUUCUGGUGAUGGUCCUCAUUCAGUUUGGAACCAUGGUGGUGGACCGAGCACUGUAUCUCAGAAAGACUGUAUUGGGAAAGGUCAUUUUUCAGGUCAUUCUUGUCUUUGGAAUUCACUUCUGGAUGUUCUUCAUCUUGCCUGUAGUGACUGAGAGGAAAUUCAGCCAGAACCUGGUUGCUCAGCUUUGGUACUUUGUGAAAUGUGUAUACUUUGGGUUGUCUGCCUACCAAAUCCGCUGUGGCUACCCAACACGAGUGCUCGGAAACUUCCUCACAAAGAGCUACAAUUACGUCAACCUCUUCCUGUUUCAAGGGUUCCGCCUUGUUCCAUUUUUGACUGAGCUAAGGGCUGUGAUGGACUGGGUGUGGACAGACACGACCUUGAGCCUCUCCAGCUGGAUCUGUGUGGAGGACAUCUAUGCUCACAUAUUCAUCCUGAAGUGUUGGCGGGAAUCGGAAAAAAGAUACCCUCAGCCCCGGGGGCAGAAGAAGAAGAAAGUGGUGAAGUACGGCAUGGGAGGCAUGAUCAUCGUUCUGCUCAUCUGCAUUGUCUGGUUUCCUCUUCUCUUCAUGUCUUUGAUCAAAUCUGUCGCCGGGGUGAUCAACCAGCCCCUGGAUGUCUCGGUCACAAUUACCCUGGGAGGUUACCAGCCUAUUUUCACAAUGAGUGCCCAGCAAAGCCAGCUGAAAGUUAUGGACCAUACCAAGUUUGAUGCCUUUAUAAAAGCUUUCCAGAGUGACACUGGUGCUCUGCAAUUUCUGGAAAAUUAUGAAAAAGAAGACAUAACAGUAGCAGAACUGGAAGGAAACUCAAAUUCUUUAUGGACCAUCAGCCCUCCCAGUAAGCAGAAAAUGAUACACGAACUCCUGGACCCCAAUAGUAGCUUCUCUGUUGUUUUUUCAUGGAGUAUUCAGAGAAACAUGAGUCUGGGUGCAAAAGCAGAAGUAGCAACAGACAAGCUUACUUUUCCUCUUAAAAAUAUUACUCGAGAGAAUAUAGCUAAAAUGAUAGCUGGCAACGACACACAAAGUUCAACAACACCAGUGACUAUAGAAAGGAUCUACCCAUAUUAUGUGAAAGCACCUAGUGAUUCUAACUCCAAACCUAUAAAGCAACUUUUAUCUGAAAAUAAUUUCAUGAAUAUCACCAUCAUUUUGUCCAGAGAUAAUACAAUUAAAUCUAAUAGUGAGUGGUGGGUUCUCAAUCUGACUGGAACUAGACUUUACAAUCAGCAUGCCCAGGCCUUAGAGCUGGUGGUCUUCAAUGACAAAGUCAGCCCCCCCAGUCUGGGCUUCCUGGCUGGCUAUGGUAUCAUGGGACUGUAUGCUUCCGUUGUCCUUGUGAUUGGGAAGUUUGUCCGCGAGUUCUUCAGUGGGAUUUCCCACUCCAUCAUGUUUGAAGAGCUUCCCAACGUGGACCGAAUUUUGAAGUUGUGCACAGACAUUUUUUUAGUUCGAGAGACAGGGGAACUGGAACUAGAGGAAGAUCUCUAUGCCAAAUUAAUAUUCCUGUACCGCUCACCAGAAACCAUGAUCAAAUGGACUAGAGAAAAAACAAAUUGAUACCUUAGGACACAGACUGCAAAUCAAGAUACCAUUUGAAUUUUCAAAAACAAAAAAAAAGCACAAUAUUCUCAUAAGAGCUAUGCAUUUCUCAUUCGAUGGAAAUGGUUUCUCUUCUGACAGGCGGCCAAAGGGAGUUGGCUUCCUUUUGUAGUCAAAGCUACCUUGCAGGUUCAGGCGCUGUUGAAAAAGUUAUUUGUAAUUCCAUUUCUCUGAAUCAGGGCUACUUGGUUUAUGUUUUAAUCAACAGUGUCUUGCAUUCUGAUAGACUAUGUGAAGGAAUCAUUGAUGAGUCUCCUCCCUCAGAGAAACAGAAGAGAAGAAGGAAGGAGGAAGGACGCCAUGUUUUCCUGUGUGGGGACCUUGCCCGUCCUGAAGAGAUGCUACAAUACAGGCCUCAGCGCUCUGUCGCCAAUGGGGAAGCUGCUAUGGGGAGAAUAGAUGGACCUCAGCACAACCCGAAUAUGCAACAGCAAUAGGAGGCUGAAAACUCCUAAACAUUUCUAGGAGGAAAAGAGAGAGGGAGCUGAUGAUCCUUGAAGAUGCCAGUGGAUGGAUAAGCCUCAUUCUAAGCAAAAAGAUAACUUAGUGACACUCUUACUGCCUUAUCUUAACUGAAGAUUAAUAAAUUUUUUUUCCCAUUAAACACCAGUGACUUCUCAGGAAAAAAAAUAAAUAAAGCAGCAAAACAAAUAUGUGGACACUGGCUUUGUUGAGACCCAGCUAGUGAUUCACGUCAAUGGUGGUGGCUGUUCUACUUCAGAGAGCUCAUUACUGCUCCUGGUGAAACACAGACAAGAAGUAGAAAGAUGGAAAAUGCUGCCCAGCAGAGGUGGAGGACCUUGACUUUGUAACUCUUUAUUAACUGAGGUCAUGAGCACUCUUCUACCUGCUCCAUCCCCCAACAUGCUUUUUCCCAUUUCGAUGAUUUAAAGCAAUGGUUUUCCAGUAUGUGACAUUUUCCUUCCUGUUUUUCAGGUAUAUCAGAGUUUACAUAUUCCAAUUCACAUUUUUACAUCUGAGACGGGUUUUUUAAGUUCAUAAUUAUGAAAGAAAUAUGUAUAUUGAGCUUGGGGAAAUAAACAAUGGCCUUUUCUUAAAUUAUUGUUAUUGGUAAUACAACCUCUUCACUAAAUAACAUUGUAGCAUGGAAAUUUAUGACUGAAAUGUAGUUUUCAUUCCAUAUUAAAAUACAGUUUCUGAGAAGAAUCAUUGAAUGGACUAGAAUAUGUCAAGAAAAAUGAUCCUAUGUAGUCUGGGUUCAGGACUGACUCAAAAUAAAGCACAUCUUGCA